AGCCGAAUGGCUCACUUUGGUAUGGCCGCCUAACAGCUGGUCGCGCCAGCCUUGGUUGACUGGAUUGCCGUGCCCCAGUGGGGGUGCAAGAAGGUCCAGUGCUUCCUUGCAAAGGGCUUUGCAGUUGGGCUUUGCAGUUUUGGCUCGCGGUUUCAGGAGUUGGGCGCGCCGCUUGCAACAGCAACGGCGACAGUCGCCCGCGAAUGUCCGCACUAGAUGAUGCACAGAAGCUGAACCAGCUCAACCAGGAGCUGAAGGAAUUUGUGCGAGCAGGUUCUGAUACACGGGAUCGGGAGAAGUCUGCAAGAAGGAUCAAGCUUUGCUUGGAUGGCCUCGCUCGCAACCUGGGCCUAGGCACAGGCGCCGUGAACAUGUUUGGUUCCUUUUCCAACGGCUUUAAGACCGGCACCUCCGACUUGGACGUGCUCCUGGCGGGGAACGUGCACAAUGAGAGCGCCAUCUCGAUCCUGCAGCGGUUCGCGGCCAACCUGGAGAGUAUGGACCUGGGCUUCACGAACAUCACCAAGAUCUUCCAGGCGAGCGUUCCCCUGCUCAAGCUUACCGACAAGGAUUCCGAGAUGGAGGUGGACUUUUGCGUGGGCAACGAGCUGGGGCUCCGCAACUCUUUUCUGCUGAACACGUACUGCAAGUACGACAUGCGGGCCUUGGAGCUGGGGCGCUUGGUGAAGGAGUGGGCCAAGAAGCACGAGUUGGUGGGGACCACCGACGGCUGCUUGAACAGUUACGCCUACAUGCUCCUGGUGGUUUUCUACCUGCAGAGCCUCCAGCCUCCGGUGGUCCCAAACCUCCAACUCAUGGAGUGCGAGUCCUACCUGGUGAACGACCGAAAGUGGGGCGGCGAGGACAUGUGGGAGACCAAGUUCUUCACGGACGUCGAUUCCCUUCCCAAGUCCCAGAACACGAUGACCAUUGGCGAGCUUUUGCCGGGCUUCUUUCACUUCUACACCCGCGAUUUCGACUGGCGCCACCACGCGGUCUGCAUUCGCAAGCAAGAACCGGGGAAGCACGUGGACAAGUAUUCCCUGCUGCUUCUUCCAACCAAUGAAGACCAGUGGUACGUGGAGGAUCCUUUCGACCUCAAGCACAACCUGGCUGGCAAGUGCAGCCGAGCUGGCAAGAAGCGCAUCAUGGACGAGAUGGCCAACGCCCUCUCGGUGCUGCAGAAGCAAGGCGUAUGGUCCAAGUGCCUCCCCGCCAAACCCAGCUCGGACUUCUACAUGAAGUGCCGCAUUAGCCAGAGCGUGACGCCUCCUGACAUACUGGAAGCCUUCGAGGAGUUCGAUCUGGUAAAGCUGCACUUCCCGAAAUCCGAGACGUCUCGCAUGCCGCAAGCCUUCCUUCAGUUCGGGGACGCGAGCUCGCGGCGCCGGGCGCACACCAAGAACGAGACGUAUAUCGUGGAUUGCAAGGUGCAGCUGCACUACAGCUCUUUUCACGGCCUGGCCGAAGCCUUGACGCAGUGCCCCUUCUCCACCUACGAAAUGGCGUCGUACAAAAUGCAGCGCCAGGUGCUGGAAGCGCGCGUGGGCAAGCUUCAGGGAACCAUGGGAGGACCUGGCUUCAUGCCCUUCGAGAAUAAGGUGGACCCCAUGCGCUUCCAGAUGCCCCCGCCCGUGGACGUGCGCCCGCCGGCGCACCCCUUCUGGGCGCCGCCGGCGCCGCCCGCGCGGCCACCUGGACUGCCCGCCGCCGCCCCCGCUGCGCCGAUCCCUGGGCGAAUUCCCCCGCCUGCGCCUGCAGUGCCGCCGCAGGUGCGGGGGAAGAAUGAGAAGGAGGAGCACAGGAGGGAGAUCAAGAACAAGCCCUUAGCUGCAGCCAGGCCAAAGGCUCCGCGCGAAGCAACAGGUCAGGCGUGGCUUUACGUGGAGCUGACCGACAACUUCCCGAAGGACAAGCCCAAGUUCUCGCCUGAGGACGCCCAGAACUUGAAGAAGCUGCACGCGCACUUCCAACAGUUCAGCUCCAGUGAAUCAAAGCCGCCAGCUGAGAAGACCAUCUACUUGAGCGUCCCGUUGACCGUCGACGCCAAAUCCGGGAGCGGCGAUCCGAUCUUGGACGAUGAGACGCAGCAGAAGCUUCGGGAGAUCCUACAGGGAUUUCCAAGCCCAGUCUCGGUGACGUGAAUGAUUUGCAGGGGUUGGGCGAUGCAC